AUGGUUUUGGAUGGACGGCUAAUAGCCAUAAAAAGACUCUCAAAAAGCUCAAUGCAAGGUGGAAAAGAGUUCAGGAAUGAAGUUUUGUUGAUCGCCAAGCUUCAACAUAGAAAUUUAGUCACAUUCAUCGGUUUUUGCCUUGAAGAACAAGAGAAAAUUUUUAUUUAUGAAUAUGUGCCGAACAAGGGCCUUGAUUACUUCUUAUUUGAUGCUCAACAAACAAAGUUCUUAAGUUGGCCCGAACCUUAA